CACAAGUGUUUUUUCAGUCUGUCUCCAGUCUUCAAUCUAAAGGCUGCACUGGAAGAUGUUGUAUAUCCUGAUACUUGCUUUGCUUUUUAAAGCAUCAGCCAUGCAACUCAAGGGAUAUGGAAAUGCAGUGGUUGAAUAUGGCAAGGAGGGUCAUUACAAAUGCACUGUAGACAACCAAACAGGUGUGCUGCAGGUCACAUGGCAAAGGCUCAUGAAAGAUGAGCCAAUAGAAAACCUGGCAACCUACAGCCAACAUUUUGGGCAGCGGGUGAACAGGCCUUAUCAGGGAAAGGUGGUCUUCACGCAAGCGUCCCUCAACUCAACUUCAAUCACUCUGAAGAAUGUGUCGUGGCAGGAUGAGGGUUGUUACAUAUGCUCCUUUAAUGUGUAUCCUGACGGGUCCAAAAGAAAGCAGACUUGCCUCAGCGUGCAAGGAAUAUCCAGCGUGGACACACAGUUCCAUCACAGAAGUGGACGGGACGGAGAGGACGUGGGGGUCAGCUUUAGCUGCUCUGCCACAGGCAAACCAGCGCCAACCAUUGAGUGGGACAUUUCACCUGGUGCCACGUACUCCGAGCAACGACAGACCGUGGCGGUCGCAAACAGUGACCACACGUUUACCAUCAGCGACAACAUCACUCUGCGGCUGCCCGUGGACUGGGACGGACACGUGGACUGUCUGCUGAACACAGGACGGCCGGGACAGAGGAGGGAGAAGAUUCCUUUCGUUUUAGAACGUGCAGAGCAUCCAAAAGUUAAUGAUGUGAAAGGACUGUCACCGUCAGGACUCGCAAUAAUCAUUACAGCUGUGAGCCUGAUAUCCCUCAUUGCUGCUUUUGCUGCUGCAACAAUGUGGAAAAGGUUUAAGUGUAACAGAAUGAAAAUGUGUCAGGAUCUGGAGUUAUAUUGAGUCGGUGGACACUGAAACACGUGAGCAUUUUAUAAAAAAGUGAAAGAAAAACAUAAUAUCUUGUGUCUAACCUUCAGUGAUGUGACAGUGUACUGAGCUCAAAGACAUUUCCCACAGAGACGACAUGACGAAUGUAAAAUGAAUUACAAGUUUCAGAUCUGUAUGUUCUUCUACUAUUCACUUUUAACAGUGACCUCUGUCCAGUGCAAUUUUCACAAAUCUACUUUUCCUGUGACGACAGUGCCAUCUAGUGUACUUUGUUGUAGAAACAAAAAAGUAAGGAAUCAGGAACAGGAUCAAUAAAGUAGGACAUUUAUGUAAAGCUAGUGCAUAUGAGACAUUAGCGUAAACAGCAUAACACAUAUAAUUCUUCUGUGAUUUUCACUUGGGUUAUUAUUCGCACUUUACCUUGCAGGUUUGCACUAUAGACGUUUCUGUGAGAUUUAAAUGUUAUUUAUUGCUUGUUUGCACACCCACGUCCUGUAUGCUUUAGUGUUUAACAGUUUCAACAUAGUUGUUUCAUGCGUCUUUUUAUGCAAAUAACAUUUAAUAAUUAUAAUUAAUAAUAUAUAAAAUAUGCCUGGAAAUGUUAAUAAUUGACUUAAUCUCCAUGCAUUUAACUUUAUUUUAUGAUGAGGUCGACACAAUUUACAUGCAAUAAUGAAACUAUAUAAUGUGAAAAAUCUGUUAUAUAAAAUAUAUCAUGAGUUCUAUGCCUGUUAAAGCCUGUGAUAUAAUAUAUAUGUUCAUCCAUAAAAAGAAAAACGUAUUUAUGUUGUAAUUGUAUUAUUUGUUGUUAAAUGGUAAUUAAAAUAAAGUGUGCUCAGUGAUUUCUCUUGUGGGGGGUGUUUUUUUGUCUCUGUGAAUCGUAAUUAUAUGAGAAAUAAAAUGUGUAGUAAACUUGCAUAUUUCCACAUUGUCUGCAGUGUAAAUUGAAAAUAAUAAAAUUGUGUGUGUGUGUAUAAAUAAUUUAUUUGCUACUAUUCCUCCACCCUGAUGGAAAAAAUUAUGUAAAGAUGAAUCUGUAAGGAUAACUACAAGGAUAAAUAAAUGAAAUCAAAUGAAAUCCAGCUGUGCUUAGGGUUUAGGCUUUUUACAACUUAUUUUUAACUGAGGUUCUGUUAAACAAUCAGUU